UCUUUGGCAAGUCGAGCAUGACUCUUGUUCUCCUGACAUUCACAAGUUGAUCUCCACUGUGCAUCUGCCCCUGAUCUAAGGUCAACAAUCCACAGGACUGCAGACUGGCCACACUGAUCAGGGAUCAGGUCAGGUUGUGGGGUGAAACAGGGCACGCUCAGCAAGUCAGAGAGUGAGAGGGGUUGAGAGAGGCAUCGUAAGAGAAAACAAACUCAACUUGGUGACAGUAUGGACAUGGAGAGGCUGGGGAGUGGAGGAACCAAACCCAGCGCGGGACCCAAUGCAAUGAAAGCCAUCCUGGCAGUGUGCGUGUGUAUCUGUCUGGCAUUGCUAAUAGCAGUCAUUACACUCACACACACUCAUAUGAAGCCGUGUCUGCUGGUUCUGGGGAUAUUGAUGCUCGUCGGGCCGGGUGCUGGAUCCUGCUGUGGUCAUCUGCUGUCCAGUUGUGGACUGAACCAUAAACACAGGCCUUUAAAAGCAAUGCUUGUCAGAUUUCACAACAAAGACACACGCAGUUUGGUGUCGCACAAAUCAAGCAAUGAAGAAUUCUGCCUUACGCCACAUUGUAUCGAAGCAGCCGGAUCUAUUCUUAGUAAGUUGGAUCAAUCUGUAGAGCCAUGCGAUGACUUCUACCAGUACGCAUGUGGAGGGUGGCUCAGGGAACACCCGAUUCCAGAGGAUACUUCCAGCCAUGGGAUUUAUCCAUGGCUCCGACAGAAUGUAGACCUUAAGCUUAAAGCGUUAUUAGAGGAACCAAUUGGAGCUAAAGACAUUGAUGCGGUGAAGAAGGCCAAAGUCCUCUAUACAUCAUGCAUGAAUGAAUCUGCUCUUGAGAUUGAAGAUUCAAGACCUCUAUUGAAGAAUCUAAAGCAGAAGGAAUUUCGUUGGCCGGUUCUUGGAGAUGCAUUGGGUUCUUCUUCGAAGUGGGUGGAGUCUCAGUUUAAUCUGCUUGAGACGCUAGCUCAGAUACGGAGCCAACACAGCAAAUCAGUCCUCAUUCGCCUCUUUGUUUCUCCUGAUGACAAGAACUCAAACCAAUACAUCAUCAAGCUGGAUCAAGCUUCUUUAUCACUGUCAUCCAGAGAGGAUUACAUCACCAACACAACCGAAGCUCAAAUGUAUCGAGAGGCUCUUCUAAGGCUCAUGGUUGAUGUUGCUGUCAUGCUGGGAGCCAAUGUACAAGCCGCAGAGGCUCAGAUGAAACAAGUGCUUGAUUUUGAGAUGAAACUUGCACAGAUAGUGAUCCCAUACGAAAACCGCACCAGUGAAAACAUGUACAACAAGUACAGUUUGUCUAAACUGCAGCGCACUGUUCCAGAGUUUUACUGGCUGGGUUUUGUCAGAGCUGUGAUUGACACCGAGCUUUACCCAGACCAUAAAAUCAGCUCUUCGGAGCAAGUGAUCGUACGUGCCCCACAGUACUUUAAAGACCUCUUCAAACUCAUCAAUGCCACUGAGACCAGGACAGUUGCUAAUUAUGUUAUAUGGAGAUCAGUUUUGUCCAGAAUCACCACGCUUAGCCGACGCUUUCUUUACAGAUACCUGGACUUUGCUCGGGUGACCACAGGAACUACUUCUUUGACCCCUCGAUGGGACAAAUGUGUGAAUUAUAUUGAAAACACACUUAUCUAUGCCACUGGUAGAUUGUUUGUCGAUAAGCAUUUUCAGGAGGAUAAAAAACUCAUGAUGGUGGAAUUGAUCGAUGGUAUCCGGUGGGCAUUUAUCGACAUGCUGGAAAAGGAAAAUGAUUGGAUGGAUCAAGAAACAAAGAGAAAAGCAACAGAGAAGGCACAUGCAGUCUUGGCAAAAGUGGGUUACCCAGAGUUUAUCCUGAAUGACACUUAUAUUAAUGAGGACAUUAAACGAUUGUCAUUCAAUGAGACCGAUUAUUUUGGGAAUGUCAUGCAGACCCUCAAGUUUAUAGCUCAGUCUGACAUCGGCUGGCUGAGAAAAACAGUCCCACGUACAGAGUGGUUCACAAACCCGACUACAGUAAAUGCAUUCUACAGCUCCUCAACCAAUCAGAUUCGAUUCCCUGCAGGUGAACUUCAAAAGCCAUUUUUCUGGGGACUUGACUACCCUCGAUCCUUAAGUUAUGGAGCAAUUGGUGUAAUUGUCGGACAUGAAUUGACUCAUGGCUUCGAUAACAAUGGCAGAAAAUAUGACAAAGAUGGAAACCUCGACCAGUGGUGGACCAACUCAUCAAUCACCCGCUUCAACGAAAAGACACAAUGCAUGAUUGACCAAUACAACGGUUACUACUGGAUGGAGGCGGGGCUAAAUGUCAGAGGGAAGAGGACACUAGGAGAAAACAUUGCUGACAAUGGAGGAAUAAGAGAAUCGUUUAGGGCCUACAGGAGAUGGAUCGAUACGAAGAGAUCGGGACUUGAAGAACCUCUUUUACCUGGACUGGGUCUGACCAAUAAUCAGCUCUUCUUCCUCAGUUAUGCUCACGUUCGUUGUAAUUCCUAUAGACCAGAAGCAGCACGAGAUCAGAUCCAGAGUGGAGCUCAUAGUCCUCCUAAAUAUAGGGUUAUCGGGGCGAUGAGCAACUAUGAGGAGUUCCGUAAAGCCUUCAACUGCCCUGUGUCUUCAGUCAUGAAUAGAGGAGAGGAGUCCUGUCGAGUAUGGUAAAGCUGGGAUAGAAAGGACCCUGUGAAGAUUUUGGUCAUGGCACCACCCAAACCUCCAGAUUUUUGUCCCAUUCGCUGAUUUCUAUAGAGGUACAGCAGUUACUAACACUGAAGCCUCGGGCCUGGCCCAUCAUCAGCCACUGGAUUACUGCAGACUACAGAUACAUCACAUACUGUAAAUGCUUGCAGUCAGAUGCGUUUCUUUGCAUUUUUUGGUUAAAAUUACCUCAGUGAAAAUGCCAAACUGCGCACAUAUAGAUUCUAUUGAGGUCUUGCUUUGGAUUCGUCAGUGUUUAUCUCACAAACAUAUGUGACCCCGGACCACAAAAGCAGUGGUAAGGGUUAUUUUUUUUAUGAAAAUGUAUACAUCAUCUGGAAGAUGAAUAAAUAAGCUUGCUAUUAAUGUAGUUGGUGAUCUGGAAUCUGAGGGUGCAAAAACUACUAUGGAAGUCAAUGGUUUCCACCAGCUUUGUGCUUAUCAUCAUUUAUCAACAUUUCUACUUUUAUGUUUGUCAGAUAUAAAGAAAUUCAUACAGGUUUAGAACAACAUAAGGGUGAGUAAAUUAAAACAGCAUUUUCAUUUUUGGGUGAACUAUCCAUUUAAUGAUUUCUGGCAUAAGAAAAUAGAUCAUUUUGACCCAUAUGUAUUGUUGGCUAUUGCUACAAAUAUACCCGUGUGACUUAUGACUGGUUUUGUGGUCUAGGGUCACAUAUUAGAACUUAACGUUGCUUUAAGUCAUCUAUAAGUUAUUGUUGUCAUUGUUAUUGAUAAUAGUUUUGUUUUUACUUUAUUUUAUUGUAUUUUAUUGGAAAAAAUGCUAUGGUCUUAAAGUAAAUAAUUAUUGUU